AUGGGAGGUCGCCGUGGGGAGCAGAGUGGCGGAGGUGCUGAACAUUUGGCAAGGAUUCAUGGCACGGAAGAAGAUCGCGUGAAUUGCCCGUUUUAUUUCAAAAUAGGCGCUUGUCGACAUGGUGACAGAUGCUCUAGACUGCACAAUAAGCCUGUAUUCAGCCAGACAAUCCUGGUAAGUCACAUGUAUCAGAACCCGAUUGCGCAAGUGAUCGCGCAAAACGGAGACCCCACUACACUCGAUCAGCGCCAAGUAGACGAAGAGUUUGAAGAUUUUUACGAGGAGAUUUUUGAGGAACUGUGCAAGUUUGGUAAGCUGGAGGAGCUUAACAUUUGUGACAACCUGGGUGACCACCUCGUGGGCAAUGUAUACGCUAAAUACGAGGACGAAGAACACGCUGCGGCAGCUCAAAAAGCUCUAUACGGCCGCUUCUAUGCAGGGCGGCCGCUUGGAGGCUCGUUGCCGUCAGUUUGA